AAAGCAGAGCCCUCAGAAGCAGCAUGGUGUAGGAGCUCUUCUAGGGGCCCGAGGUGAGGCGGCCACGCUCCACCACCCUCACCCAUGUACCAGGAGAGGACCGACUCUGUCACUCAGGGUUUCACCGAGCCAUGCACAGCUGUUGCCGACACCAGCCACAUCUUUCCAGCUGCGCUGCCCACCGCCAGACAGAGCUCCUUAACCCGGAGCAUCUCUGACCAUCUACUUGGCAAAGACCUGCAGGCCAUGAGGACCAGUCAACGACAGUGAGAGGACGUGAGAGGGUAAAUCCCCGCGCCCAGCAGUCUUAUUUCCAACCCUGACGUCCCUGCAAACCAGCCCAAGGGGUAACCGUAAGCGGAUGCCUGUAUGGCCGCCUUACUGAUGCCACGCAGGAACAAAGGCAUGAGGACUCGACUGGGGUGCCUGUCGCACAAAUCAGACUCCUGCAGUGACUUCACCGCCAUCCUUCCUGACAAACCCAACCGUGCUCUCAAGAGACUCUCAACAGAAGAAGCAACGAGGUGGGCGGAUUCUUUUGAUGUGCUUCUCUCUCAUAAGUAUGGGGUAGCUGCCUUCCGUGCCUUCUUGAAGACGGAGUUCAGCGAGGAGAACCUGGAGUUCUGGCUGGCCUGCGAGGAGUUCAAGAAGACCAGGUCAACUGCAAAGCUCGUCACCAAGGCCCACAGGAUCUUUGAGGAGUUUGUGGAUGUGCAGGCUCCACGGGAGGUGAAUAUCGAUUUCCAGACCCGAGAGGCCACGAGGAAGAACAUGCAAGAGCCAUCCCUGACUUGUUUUGAUCAAGCUCAGGGAAAAGUCCACAGCCUCAUGGAGAAAGACUCUUACCCUAGGUUCCUGAGAUCCAAAAUGUACUUAGAUCUGCUGUCCCAAAGCCAGAGGAGGCUCAGCUAGACCUCGGAUGGGGACUCUUUCCCCUUGCUGCCAAGACCAUAUUCUAACGUGAAAUGUCAUAGAUGUCCAAAGGCGCUGGGGUUUGGGGUAGAAGGCUGGGGGCGUGACAAGGGAAUGAAGGGCUUUUCCAAAGUGUGACCAAGCUGAUGGAGCCAGGACUCUAUUCCUUCUACCCAGAUUUGUGUUUUGGUUAGAGGCAGCACUGCUGCUAUUACCCUUCUCUGGGUGGGCCAGUAACUGGCCCUUCAUAAUGCCUUCGGUCAUCUCUAUUGAGAAGGCAGAUUCACUGUGCCGGGCUAAUUUGUAAAUAACGCAAAUGCAGCUCCCAUGACCUCCACACCACACCCUCUUCAGCAGGAUUCCUGGCCUUCACCUUGUCCUUUCUCCCAAGGGAGGAUUAGCUAGAUGCCUCAGGUUCUCAGUUCUGAUGCACUGUUACAACCCAGUGGCCCAGCCUGAGUAACUGGACCUCACAGUUAAGAAGAGAGGUCUCUUUGGAAUUCCAUUUCCCUAGCACCAUUGACAGGUGACCUCUGAUAAGGGAUAUACAUUCCCUGGAGUUGGCUGUGUCUUCCAUUUCCACGGGGCCGAUAGGGAGUCUGAGGUCCCUUUUCAGUCUAAGGAAUUCACUGAACUUCCUUACACUUGCAAUUCUAGAAAGGGUCUUGGGAGAUUUCUCCCAUGACUUCUGAGCGGAGCUGUCCUUUUGAAAGAUAAGGGUCUGUGAAUCUUCAAUUCUAUUAAGAACUUUCCUAGAAGCCGAGUGACCAGGGAAUGUAGCAUCAGUAGACGUUUGUGCAAGGAGGCUCCAUAUGACCUGUCUGUUGCCUAAUGUAUUCCAUGUCCUCACUUUCCCGUGGCAUCACAUAGCACUGAUCUCUUAGGAUGAAAGAUGGCUUGGCAAAGGGAGGCACAUUCCCAUAGCAUGACAACUUCCCCAGUGCCUGUUGCUUUCCCUGUCUCUCCACCUCCUUCUUCCAUGCAGGGCAUGUAACUAUGAUGGGGGAGACUGAGAACCUAGCCCGAAACUCUCAUUGCAGCUUGCUUCCUGGACAUACUUUCUUAGAAAGGGUCCACUUUUGGCUGUUGAGAAAUAGCUCCCUUCUUGGUCUCUAGCCUUUGGGACUGACCUGGGAAGAUCACUGUGAAUACCAGAC